UGUUCUGUCUCUCACUCACACACACCCGAAUGUGACUUUUCUUUUCUCUCUCUCUCUCUCUCUCUGUUCCCUUUUCUCUCUGCGAAAUUCCCCAAUUUUCUCAAAUAUCCUAUCUCUUUCUGCUCCCGAAAUUGUCACACACUUCAUCAGCAAUGCAUGAUCCUCUCCGCGAACGCGGUUUCGAUCUUUAAUUUUUGCAAUCUUUUUACUGUUUAAUAUAUAUAUAUAUAUUUUGGCCGGCUAAGUCUGCAGCUGAUUCUGAGAGUUGAAAAUGCUGGAAGCAAUGGAAAGUUCCGUCAAUGGUGGCUUCUCUCAGUUGCAGAGCUGUGGAGAUAGCAGCGAAGAGGAACUAUCUGUGCUUCCUCGUCACACAAAGGUGGUCGUAACUGGAAAUAACCGCACCAAAUCCGUGCUCGUUGGUCUCCAAGGUGUUGUGAAAAAGGCUGUUGGCCUAGGCGGGUGGCAUUGGCUGGUUCUUACCAAUGGUAUUGAAGUGAAGCUGCAGAGGAAUGCUCUUAGUGUGAUUGAAGCACCCACUGGGAAUGAGGAAGAUGAUGACCUUGAAUUUGAACAUGUGCAGUGGAAUGGAUCAGAUAUGGCAUCGGAUGACACACAAAAGUCUCACAAAUCGAGGCACAGGAUGCAUAGAUCAUUGGGAUCAUCCCACAAAUCGAGCAGGUCCUUCUCUGGUGAUUCACACUCUAAGGGAUCCAUUUCUAUGCCUCAUGGUUGGACGAAGGUUGACUUGAGCAAAUUGGAGAUGGCUGCAUUGUGGAGAUAUUGGCGACACUUCAAUCUGGUGGAUGCUGUCCCAAACCCAUCAAAAGAACAGCUAGUAGAUGUUGUUCAGAGGCACUUCAUGUCUCAGCAAAUGGACGAGUUGCAGGUGAUUGUGGGAUUUGUCAAAGCUGCAAAGAGGCUCAAGACAGUGUGCAAAUGAUGGAGUGGAGUGAAAUGAUGAAAAAUUAUAAGUUAUAUCGUCUUUGCUAACAGAGAUAAUGGCGUCUAAUUUGAAUAUCCCCUUCCCCUAGUACUGUGUAACAUACUUAACGAUGGUCUGUAUCCUUUGGAUCUCAAUUAGUAGUAGGUUAGCUAUAUGAGGUUAUAGAGGCUCUUACUCUUUUGUAGCCACCUAGUUAUGUAGAUAUGUGACCUCGCUUCCGUUUCUAAGAUUGAUUAAAUGUACCGCUGACCUGGGAAGUGGGUUUCCUGAGACUUGAAUGUACAUAUCUCGUUCCUCAAAC